AUGGUGGAACUUUCCGACUUCCAUCGCCAGGAGAAGGUUGGUGAAGGUACAUAUGGAGUUGUCUACAAGGCUCUAGACACUCGCCACAACAAUAGGGUCGUGGCACUCAAGAAGAUUAGACUAGAACUGGAGGAUGAGGGAGUUCCAUCUACCGCAAUUAGAGAAAUUUCCCUUUUAAAGGAAAUGAGAGACGACAACAUUGUCCGUCUUUAUGAUAUCAUCCACCUGGACUCACACAAGCUCUACCUUGUUUUCGAAUUCUUGGACUUGGACUUGAAAAAGUAUAUGGAAUCCAUUCCAGAAGGCGCAGGACUCGAGCCGCUGAUGGUCAAGAGGUUCAUGCUCCAGCUAGUGAAAGGCAUCAAACACUGCCAUUCUCACCGUGUGUUGCACCGAGACUUGAAGCCUCAGAAUUUGUUGAUUGAUAAAGAAGGUAACCUUAAGUUAGCUGAUUUCGGUUUGGCCCGUGCCUUUGGUGUUCCUUUGCGUGCUUACACCCACGAGGUUGUGACAUUAUGGUACAGAGCUCCCGAGAUUCUCUUGGGAGGUAAACAGUACUCUACCGGUGUUGACAUGUGGUCUGUUGGAUGUAUUUUCGCCGAAAUGUGCAAUCGUAAGCCAUUAUUUCCUGGUGAUUCCGAGAUUGACGAAAUUUUCCGGAUAUUCAGAAUCUUGGGAACUCCGAACGAGGAGAUGUGGCCCGAUGUCACGUACUUGCCGGAUUUCAAGCUCACCUGGCCCAAGUGGGAGAAGAGCAAUUUGGCCAACCACGUGCCAACAUUGGACAGCGACGGAGUUGACUUAUUAGAGCAGAUUUUGGCAUACGACCCAAGCAACAGAAUUAGUGCCAAGCGGGCAUUGGUGCACCCGUACUUCCAAGAGGACGCUGAUGACACAUAUGAUAGCUACCCACGGUCCGUCAACAUGGGCUAA